AUGUAUUUGCGGCGUGAAGUGUUAAAGAAGCCGUCUUUGCUGCGUCUUCUGAGCAAGGAGGCGAAGCCCACUGACACUUCGGACUUGGCAAAGCUAAACGAGCUGGCCACCCAAGGAGAAGUCACUCAGGCAGAGGCAUUGUUUCGACAGCUGGAGGAUGCAAGCUACUCGUGGAAACCGUCGAGCAGGAGAAUGCUGUGGAAUACUAUGUUGAAGGCCUGCGCGAAUGCAGGAGACAGCCAAACAGCCGAGCAGUUGUAUCGAUCAAUGCUCAGUAUACGAGUUGAACCGAACCACAAGACGUUCGGGAAGCUUAUAGAGGCAGCAGCGAAGAGCACGCAGCCACAGGAGGCCACAAUUUGGCUCCAGGAAAUGCUGCACUGCGGCUUCGAGCCACAUCUACUAAACUACAACGAACUAAUCUCUGCCGCCGCAAAUGAACAUGAUCUGGAUUCAGCGACGAGUUGGUUGUGGCAUCUGGGGGAAAAGAGAUUGCAGCCAAAUCUGAUUUCGUACAACUCCGUCCUCAAUGCUGCAGCCAAGAACGGCGACCUGAACACCUGCACGGCCAUAUACAACACAAUGCAGAGUGCUGGCAUCCUGCCGAAUGCCAUUACUUUCAACACCAUCAUCAGUGCCUCAGCACGGGCUGAGUCUGGAGUUGCUGCAGCGGGCGCAUGGCUCGGACGGAUGAAAUCGGUCUCCGUGGCGCCAGGAGCAGAAACUUACAACGCACUCCUAGACGUGGCCGCGAAGCACCAGGACGUCCGAGCCGCCGAGCGCUUCUUCCGCGAGCUCCUGGCCGAGGGGUGGCAGCCCUCCGCUGUGUCCUGGCGGACCUUGAUCGCCGCAAGCACCAGUUCUGGAGAAGUGCAGUCUGCGCGAAAUGCGUUGAGAGCCAUGUCUGCUUGCAAGAUCGAGCCAGACGCAGUGACCUAUGCGACGCUUCUGCGAGCGGAGCAGAGAUCCAGCAGCUCCGCUUGCGCAAAGCAGCAAAUGCCAGAGCCCUCGGAAGAAGAUGCUGGCAUCGUCAUGAACAUACUCGCAGACGCUGCAGCUGAAGCAGCUGACGUUUCCGGGGCGGAGCAGGUCUUGCUGCAAUGCAGGACGCUGGGGUUGCAGCCAGACCGCUUCACUUACACGGCUGUCAUCAAGGCUUGUGUGGUCGCAGGUGAUACGGAGCGUGCAGAGCGCCACUUUGCUUCGAUGAUGCAAGAGGUUCAACCAGACCUGGCGGUGUUUGGCCUCCUGCUGCGGUCCUGCUUUGGGAUGCCGUUGGGAAUGCGCCAGCGGAAGGCCACAAGAUGGUUUCGCAUGAUGUGUGCCAGCUGCCUAUCGCCUUCGGUACUGGAGUACACGCAGCUGCUGCAAGCUUUGGCUGGUGAACCUGCGAGCAGCACAUCAAGCCGAAACCAACGGCACCCGGUGGCGGCAUGUCCACAAGUUGGGGAGUCUCCCGAUCUCGAUGAGCCUAUCCCAGACGUGGAGAAGGUGUUGGGGCGUCGAGUCGUGAAGAGAGUGCUUGAGGAACUAAAUGUAGACGAGAUGUUAUUGGGUGACUUGUCUGCGGCGGAUUUCCAGAGGAAUGGGAACGCCAUAAACGCCGCAGCUAUUUGA